GAAAUUUUAGAAAAUAAUUGAUAAUUAAUUUAUAAAAUGUUCUUGAUGGUCGAACUCGAAAGGGUCAUUAGGCUUGAGCCAAGAGACCUGGAGCCUGAACUUGAGAGUAUCAUCUCCACAAAGCUGAGCAGGAUGAUGAAGGGUACCUGAAGUGGGGAUAACGGAUACAUCAUUGAUAUUAUCUCAGUUGGAAAUAUUGGAGACGGAUUGAUUCUUGAUACAAAUGGAGAAGUUGAGUUUCCAGUAAAAUAUACAGCUCUCAUUUUUAAGCCUAACAAAGGAGAUGUGAUGGAUGGAAUAGUAACAAGUGUGACCCAAAAUUCGAUCAUCGUAACAGUAGGCCCACAGAAAGUUAUGAUCGCUCAUUCCUCAAUGCCAAGCAAUAUAGAGUAUGAUCCAUCUUCAAAGGUAUACAAAACACCUGAAAUGGAUAUAAUCAUCAAGGAAGAUGAUGAGAUCAGAUUCAGAAUUAUAGGUGUUAGUUUCUUAGCAUCCGAAAUUACUUGUGCUGGUUCGAUAGAUGAGCCAUACCUUGGUCCUAUAAACACUGGAGGGGACCCUUAAUUUGAUUAAGGACUUUCAAUUAUACUAAAAAUUUAU